CUGGCAUCAUGCAUCGAACCACACGGAUCAAGAUCACGGAGCUGAACCCCCACCUCAUGUGUGCCCUCUGCGGGGGGUAUUUCAUCGAUGCCACGACCAUCGUGGAGUGCUUGCAUUCCUUCUGCAAAACCUGCAUUGUGCGCUACCUGGAGACCAACAAAUACUGCCCCAUGUGUGAUGUACAGGUCCACAAAACCCGACCACUGCUGAGCAUCAGAUCUGACAAAACCCUCCAAGACAUCGUGUACAAGUUGGUCCCUGGGCUUUUUAAAGAUGAGAUGAAACGGCGGCGGGAUUUCUAUGCAGCGUACCCCUUGACAGAGGUUCCCAAUGGCUCCAAUGAGGACCGCGGUGAGGUCCUGGAACAGGAGAAGGGGGCCCUGAGCGAUGACGAGAUUGUCAGCCUCUCCAUCGAGUUCUACGAGGGUGUCAGGGAUCGUGAGGAAAAGAAGGGCCCCCUGGAGAAUGGGGAUGGGGACAAGGAAAAGACAGGGGUGCGUUUCCUGCGGUGCCCAGCAGCCAUGACGGUCAUGCAUCUCGCCAAGUUUCUCCGCAACAAGAUGGAUGUGCCCAGCAAGUACAAGGUGGAGGUUCUGUACGAGGAUGAGCCGCUGAAGGAAUACUACACCCUCAUGGACAUUGCCUACAUCUACCCUUGGCGGCGGAACGGCCCCCUCCCCCUCAAGUAUCGUGUCCAGCCAGCCUGCAAGCGGCUUACCUUGCCCACAGCGCCCACCCCCUCGGAGGGCACCAACACCAGCGGGGCUUCCGAGUGUGAGUCAGUCAGCGACAAGGCUCCUAGCCCUGCCACCCUGCCGGCCACCUCCUCCUCCCUGCCCAGCCCAGCCACCCCCUCCCAUGGUUCUCCCAGCUCCCAUGGGCCCCCGGCCACCCACCCUACCUCCCCCACUCCCCCUUCGACAGCCAGUGGGGUCAACACAGCUGCCAACGGGGGCACCUCGAACUGCCUGCAGACACCAUCUUCAACCAGCAGGGGGCGCAAGAUGACGGUCAAUGGAGCACCUGUGCCCCCCUUAACUUGAGGAAAAGGACCCUCCCUCUCCUUUUCCAGCCAUGCCUCUCCACCCCUCCACUUUUUCUGGGCCCUUUUUUUUCCAUCUCUUCUACUUUUUCCCAGCUCCUCCCACCUUAGGGGUGGGGGGUGGGUUUUAUAAAUAAAUCUAUAUAUAUAUAUGUACAUAGGAAAAACCAAA